UUUUUUUACUGCUACGAUUUUUAUUAAAUUUUUUUUUUGUAACACUGAUCACGUACCACUUACGUCUUUCUAUUUUUAUUUAUUACUGUUUCAAUUUUUUAAACAAAUGCCAAUCUUGGGUGGUAACAUAUCGAUUAUGUGGUAACACGUCCAUAAUUAUGCCUAACAGAGGUAUCAGGUCAUCAAUAAACGUUCAUGCUGAGAAUCAUUCUCCACAAAUUUUUUCACGGUCCGUCGAACGUUUGUUGAAGAUGGCUCGAAGAUAGAGUUGAAACGCUCAAUAUAUUUUUUACUUUGUAACUGUAUCGUUAUUUAUUUAUUUUUACACGCUAAUCAUCACGCUUGACUCACACUGCCGCCCUUUAUACUUUUUAUUGUUAGUUUUACGAGUCUAAUAAUACAAGGUUUGUAUCUAUAAAGUCUGUUCUUACCGCCUAUAUUUCCAAACUCAUCAUUGAGAGUGCGUCAACGGGACAUUUACAAGUAUAAAAUCAAAUAUAGGUCGCUUAUGAACGAUCGAACGUUCGAAAUUUAUAUCGUUCGGCUGGGAAGAGCGAAAAGUGGAAAUCGGAAACAUAAAAACCCCAAGUAACAAUUGUCGCUAUUCAUUCUCUUGAAUUUGCUUCCAAAAAUUGUCAAAGUUUGCAUCUUGAAAGCAACAAAAUCGCAGUACUUUCGUCUAUUAUAUAUAUUAUAGUCAAAUACUUUAACAGGAUGUAUUGUAUAAUUUUAAAAGAUAGCCUUUUGUAGCGAUCAAUAAGUCAGCUAAACAAUACGGUCAUAAUUCUUUUCUUUCCCACGUUUUUCUUUUUUUUUUUACUAACCGAUACUCGAACGACUGUGUCCCUCGCACGCUUGUUCGAUACGCCGGACAGUGUAACAGUCAUUUCGAUUAUACAUAUACAUGUAUAUAAUUGCUCGUUAAUCGCGCUAUUCGCGCAGCUUGCAAUGCGAUAACGCGAUUCGGAAUAGCGCAAGAACAGAAAAAAGGGAGAACGUGCGCAACGGCAUCUGACAACAAUGACGAAUAAAGCUUCGUGCGUCAUUAAUCAAUCGACGUCCGUUGCGAUGGUACCAUAUGUCAUUUCCUUGAUUAUUUAAUUCUCACUAGAUUUUUAAUUUUCGAAUGGUUGUAAAUUAUCUCUUGGUCAACCGUUUUGCGCUUUAAUGUUUUCUCUUUGUUAAAGAAAGUUUUACGAGUGAAAAGAAAGGAUACGAUUUUCUAUGAAAAAAAAUGUGUACCCUCUUUUCUUGUUAUAUUACUCAGCUUUUCCCUAAAAGCCUGCGAUUUAUGUGCUAUUUACGACUUGCCUUCUUUAUAAAUCAUAAAUUAUACAAAUAAUAAAUUAUCUAGCUAGAAACCUGUCUCACGCCGGGAUGCAUUCGAACGAUUAAAGAACUUAUCGUUCCUGAUGAGAAAAUGUAAUUUUAAGAAUGACUUUAACGAAAAGUAUGAUAUUUGAAUUACGAAAGUAUUUAUUUCUAUUAUUUUAUACGUGCAGCGAAAAAGUGUUCAAACAAUGUGAUGAAUCAUUGGAGAAAUAAGAAGGCCUCGCGCAGGAAGAAUUUGAUUGAUUUUCGAUUUUUAUUUUGAUAUCAACAUUACAACGAAGUACUCGGUACACGCACGAUUGGCGCGAAGCAAAGAGAUUCGGCAGAGUUGGAGCAGAAUUUCAGGCGAGCUCUCGCUGUCGCGCGUAAAACGCGCCUUUAUUCAUUCCCGGACGUCUGACUCCUCGCGUCGCUUUAAUAAAUAGCUUUCGCGGACGGCAUAAUGGUAAUGGUCAUGGUGUGUAAUCGCCGCGAUUUUCUCGUCUGUGGUUGCGCCGGUAGUCGGUACGGGCGAGAUGUCGUCGGAGCGGCGUAGGAGCGGCGAAGGGAAGGCAGCGCGGUAACGGAAUUGAAUUAAAAGUUGCCGUCGACGCGCCGACAAACCUUUCCAGUUCUCGUUAUAACGGCUUAGCGUAAUACGUUACGAGGCAAUGAUGCGCGCACGGUCGCGAGAGAUAGAAGAGCCGCGCGCCGGCAGCAUUGCGUAAUCAGUUGCAGCGGCAGAAGCAGAAGCAAAAGCAGAAGCAGAAGCAGAAGCAGUGAAGGCGGCGAAGGGAGAGAGAUGCUGGCGAAGAAAGAGAACGUGAGAGAAACACGGGCCGGAGCAAUUGCGCUCGCCGACGUGGGUGUUACAUUAUCAGAAGGGUAACAGUUUCGAGUGUGCGACGCUUUUGGUGAGUUUACUGCUGGGGCAGGGUUACAACGCGUACGUGGUAAGCGGAUACGCGUCUCGCGAGCAAGUGCUCUGCGACAUGACCAGAAGAAUGUGCCCGUACUUGCCGGAAAUGGAGCAAACUCCGCCACCGGUCGACAAACCCAAGACCGUCAAGUAUCAAUUAAAAGCACCGCCUGAUUUCAGAAGUCGAUUUCUCUUAGAGUUGGAAAAACGCGAGAAAACGAAAACGGAGGCGGAGUUACAACGACAGGAAGAAGAACGACAGAGAAAAAUCACUGAAUUCGAGCGUCCACGGCCAGAUAAAUAUUUCGGUCACCGAAUACACGCGUGGGUGGUCAUCUUACCGGAAGAUAAUAAAGACGCGAGAAGUCGAGAAAUCACCGAACCGAUUUUCGUUGAGCCUUCCUCCGGGAUGUCUUACAACCCGACCGAUGAGGAAACCAAUUUGUUGCAUCUGGGGGUCGAGAGCAUUUGGAACGACCAGAAUUACUGGGUGAAUAUGCAGCCCCGCGGGAAGAGCUGCGCGGAAAUCAAUUGGGACCUGAGUAAAAUCGAAUUCUGGGAACACUUGCUACCCGGUGAACCGCGACUCGCGCGAAAAGACGCGGACUUAAUCGAGGAAGACGUAGGCGUGAAACAAGACAAGCAUUUGGACAUGCCGGCUUCGUAUGUGAAUGAAAUCCGAAUUCACAGUUUAGAUUUUGAAAGACGAUAUCCGCAGGACAGUAAAACAUUAUUUUACAAAAAGGCCAAGGUAAAAUUGUACGCGCCGUACUCUCGAAUCGAUAAUUUAAUUCAAAGAGUAAUCAUUUACGAAGAUUAUGAAUAUAAUAUUCCUAUCGAAAGUUAUGACAAGUAUUUGAACAGAGGUGACUGUCUUACGGAAUCCAGAAAGAACUUUGCUACGGAUAUCGUUACAGAUUUCUUUGAGAAAGGUCGACCGGAUCAUUGCAAAGCACAUCGUUAUCUUGCAUUCGAUUGCGAUUCGGUAAGCGAUGAGAGAACAAUAGAUUUUUAUGACAGUGCGCAAUUUGAUGGACUCUCGCGUAUCGAGACGGGUCCGCUUUAUUUAACUCAGCAUUACGUAGAUCGUGAAGAUUUUUUGUAUUACAGACACGCUGAAUUUUCGACAGAUCAAGACAUUACCGCAGCAGAUGGUACCUGUUCUCGACGUAUUUUGAAAAUUAUUGAGAAAUAUCAUAGAAACAAAGAAAUUCCGGCUUACAAGGAUAUAGCUGUUCGCGAGUUUGCUAUGAUCGAAAACGAGAUCUGCAUUAAAUUUCAUUACGAUCAAGGCCGGAGUACUCAGGCUACUCGUACAUUCAUAAAACCGCCAAUAGGAGAUAGGGGAGAUCGUUUAGUCUUCGAUCUUACGAUGACCCACGGAUAUAACCCAGAUCCAACUGCACCGUCGGAAAAAAAUCUUGAUCUCUUUUAUGCACUUGAUAAACAUUUGAAAGAUGAAGACCAGUCUACACUUAUCAUCAGAGACGCUGAAGCGGAUAUCACGGCCUUCCUGCGAAAAAGAGUUGAUGAAAAUUUAAAUCCGCAACUCAUAGUUUCGUUAUUCGACGAAAAUCGGAUAGUUGAAACAACAGCCGAGUUAGAAACGAAAGCAAAAUUGAGCCGACGUGAAAUUAUACAAGAGAUGAACGACCUGGGACCGUACUUGGCGCGAAUAGGCAAUCCAACACACAUCAGUAAAACUGAAGCGUAUCUGUUGCGCGACGACUGUUUGAGCGACUUCAAGCAAGGGUCCAUUGACAAAGCGAAUCGUAUUUUACGUAUGAUCGAAAAACAGACUGUAGAAUUAGAAAAGAUGCAAGCUCUUCUAACGCAGUCUGUUGAGUUAUCGAAAGCAGAGGAGGAACAAAUGAUGACCAAGAUAAAUGAAACAAGCUUCAAUAUGCAUGUGUUAGAAACAUAUCUCAAUCGGCACAGAGAUGUAGUUCCGCAGAGAUACAGGACAUUGCUGAAUCGUUUACAACAAAAUUCGCAUCUUCAAAUACUUCAGAAAUAUUGAUUAUAAAAAAUGUAUAUAUAUAUAAGUAUAUUAGCUCGUGCGUGAGAAGAACUUCUUACAUUACAAAAAUUGCAUUCUUUUGUAUCAUCAGGGAGUAUAUUGGCAUCACAAAAUGUACAAUCACAAUAUAUUUAUCGAAAGGACCAUGAACCCAUUUGGCCGAUACAUCGACCUAAAAUGAUUUUAAAGAGUAAAUAUAUUGGUAUAUGUAACAA